UCAAGUGCCAGUUGUCGAAGCCAAGCAGUCCGGAUUCGCGCCUGCAGCUGUCAGAGCUCGGGAAUCGCAAUAGAAGUCAUCGCCAUGAAUCUGCCGCACGGACUGUCAAAAUCCCUACUUCCAUUCACGGUGCUCGGCGUCGUCUUAAUGUCAGCAGCCUUCUCGAAUGUAUAUAUCGUGUAUUUUGCAGCGCUCGAUUGCUAUGUGUGCACCUAUUUGAACGCUUACAGUGAUACCUCCUGCCUGAAGAACGCCAGUGCUGUUACUGUGCUCAACUGCACCAAGAAAUACUGUGUGACAAUGCGCGUGGAAAUGCGGCGUAACUCGAGCAAGGUGAUGUCCUUCCAGCGCGACUGCCAGGACAAGCCGAUGAUGCUGUAUGGCAAUAAGCCAGAUGAAUCGUAUCGCACUUAUUUCACAUCCUGCCAACAGGACCGCUGCAAUGGACACGAUGGUCGGGUUAGAAACUCGACAAAUGGAAGUGGUGGCAGUGGCAUACACAACGCUAUUAUUCCUGGAAAAAGUCCUGGUCAGGUCGUGUUUCUUAGCCCCUGGAUACCUAUCGUUUUAAUUAUAGUGGCACUUUGCCAGUUUCCAUAGUGAAUAGAAAGCUUUCAAUACCCUACCAAAAUGUCUUUAAAAAUGGUAGCAAGAU